CGCGCCAAUCCACCGUCGGUCGACUCAUGCAUCAUUUCACGAAACGCUGAUACUCUAUAAGCCCGUAUUUCUCCGGUGAGAUGGGUGCUCUAAAGUUUAUCAUGGCAGCUACCAUGGUAAGCGACCUAUAUUCAUACCGUGUAUACAACAUAGUAUUUGUGCCGUUCUGUUCUGCUUGUAUACUGAAAUCGAUAUCAUUUCUUGCCGUUCUUCGUUAUGGAAAUGCCGUCUCUGCGAGUUGACAUGUGCGAGCUGGCACUAUGCCGUUUUGGGCUCUCCCCCGGACUCGCCGACAAUCGACGCGCGACAUUCAUCACUCACUUCACCAAAAAGGGACAUCCGCAUUCACAUCAUCGCCCUGACCCCGAGCCGACCGGCACAACGACAGUAUUCCACAUCGUCAUCUGAUAACACGCGCAUCUUCUAUCCUUCGCCUCUGGUCUCGAAACCGUAUUCGCCCGUUGCUCACACGCGUCGCUGCACGCGAGGCACCGCAGCCAUGCCGUCUCGAAAACGCGCCGCCGAGGAAAUGGAGGCCGAGGCGCCUGUCGAAGAGCCCAGCACAUUGCAGAAACUGCGCAACAUGUGGCAGUUCUCCAACCUGGCCCAGUACAUCAGUCUGUUCGGCGACGCGGUCAAAAUCGACAAGGACUUUGACAUCGAGGAAUUGGAGUCUGAAUGCCUCAACCCACAGCCGUCCGAGAAACUUGCACAAAUUGGCCUAGCGCUGCUGAAGCACGUAUCGUCACACAAGGGCUUGACACCCGAGAUCUUUGAUGAAUACACCCGCCGACAGUAUGUCGCGAAAGCGCCCGCGCGAAACCCCUUUGGCGAGGAAGAGGAGCCCAACAAAUUCCACGAUUUCGACGUCUUCACCAAGAUACGCGUGUUGCAGCAGUUAUCUGUGUGGACGCUCAACAACCCAAACACAAUAAGAGAGAAAAUGGCAGCGACGGAUAACGAGCAGACGCUCUGGCGUAUGGAGCCCACAGGCUGGGACUCGCAAGAACGAUCGCUCUAUGUUCUAGAUGACAACCGCAUGUACCGAAUGACAGAUCCACCACCGCCUCCCGAACCUGCCAAAGCCAAAGCCAAACCAAAGUCCAGGAAAUCAAAAGGAUCGAGAUCCAGCAAGCGACAAAAGGCGUCUACUCCCGAGCCCGAAGAAGCCGCCGAUGAUGAGCAAGUAGCGGACGAACAUCAGCCUGAGACGAUAGACGACGGUCUUGGUGGUAAGAAGUGGGAGUGUAUCUGCGUUACCUUGGAAGACUACCAGGAGUACAUGAACAGUAUCCGGAAGAGUCGCGACCCAAACGAGAAGAUACUCUACAAAAGGCUCCAGGAGGACGUCAUCCCUGUUAUGGAGGGGCUGGCAGAGGAGCAAGCGAGAAAGCAGGCCCGCAAGUUGAAAGAGUUGGAAAACUUGCAGAAACUUGCCACGGCAAAGCGCUCAUCCCGAAUCUCAUCGCGCCUUGAAAAGCAGAAAGAGGUGGAAGAGGCUGAGGCUGCAGAACGUAAGAGGCGGGAGGAGCUUGCCAUGGCCAAGGCAGAGCAAGAGAGACAGAAGAAGAUGGAGGAAGCACAAGACUCUCGCAGGAUGACUCGUGAGCAACGGCUAAAAGAGCGUGAGACGGCCAAGAUCCUCAAAGAAGAGGAGCUGCGCAAGCUGCAAGAGAACGAACAAAAACUGGCCUCGAAUAAUGCAAGACUAUCGGAGCGGCACCUGAAGGCCAUGAUGAAGAAGCACGAAAGUGACCUCAAGAGGCUCAACGAGGAAGAAGACUGGUUCUUUGACUGCGAGAAGUGCGGCACCUAUGGCUCUAACCUCAACGACAACACGCCUCAGAUAUCAUGUGAGAAGUGCAACGUUUGGCAACACAUGAAGUGCCACGGCAUUACAGAAGAACAGGCCGAUGAUUCGAAGUUUGUGUUUGUCUGUACUGCCUGCAAACGUAAAGAGGAAGAGGCGGAUCAACCGAAGCCUCAGUCUCUCAAGUUACGAUUGACAUCACAAUCGCCAUCUUCUCAAAGCCUAGCAGAAGCAAAUGGCAACGGACCCUCCAUGCCACGACUACCAGCACCGCAAGCCUUCCAGCCGUCUAUGCAUCCUGUACAGCCGUGGGUCGAUGGCCCAAGUCUAUCUCCUCGUGGUCAAGCUUUGGGUCCGCCUGGUAUACAAAGAUCGGAAGCUGCCUAUGGAUCGCCCACAAAGGGCACAAACGGUAGCAUGUCAUCACCGAUACGAUCUCACUUCUCAUCCCCUGGCCACAGAACUGGGAACGGUCAUCCGACGUCUUCACCUCCACCUUACAACCUCGAGCGAAUACCGAGCAGCCCAACCAAAAGCUUCCACAUGCCACAACCACAGCAGAACGGCAGCUCAUUUGGGGGCCCAAAUCCGUUCGAUUCCAACCCCUUUGGACCACCACAGCCGGCAGCACCACCGUACGCGCGAAGCUUCAGUCGCCCAGCAUCAGCAGCAGGCCCAGGCGGCUCGCCAGUAAAACACUCUCCGGCGGCCUCUCCCCGUCCAGCCAACGGUCUACCACCUAGUUUCAACUUCAACAGCCCACAUUCUUCUUUCCCACCUAGCUCGGCCAACCGUCCAUCAUUCUCCCCGACCAAACAUAGUUCGCCCGCACCUCUUCCAGCAAACAUGUCAUCACCGGCCCCAGCACCAAUGCGUAUAGCUCCGUCUCCAUCGUCCCAAAUGCCUGCCCAGAUGCUCCCCGAUCCCAUCCCAGCGCCAUUGAAGCACGAUGGUAUGCGGCCAAUAUCGAGUCAUCAGAUGUCUGAGACACCCAUCUUUCCGCCAGUUAAGAGCCUGGAACCCCUUUCUAGCCCCACGAUCCUUGACCCACCUGUUAAAAAGUCGAGUCCUGCGCCGGACAGGUUUCUUGAUAGGAUGAAUGGUUUGAAUGGGGUUGGACAUGGUAGCAGUCAGUAAGCCCCAUUUACUCAAUUGAGGGGGAGAUUCCAAAUUUUCUUGAUCAAAGGGCAGACAGCUUUUAGUAGCGCUGGCAGUCUUCUCUGUCUUGUUCCCUUCUUCGCUUGCUUAUUUUAUGUGCAAGUACAGUUUCGUAUACUACACCUUGGCCUUCUUUCCUCCUUCUUCUUUUAGCAACGUCGCGGCGUUCUGGUAGCAGAUAUAGAUUGAGCCAGAGAUUUCCUCAGCCUGGUUCUGGUUUGUCUCUUGCAUCGUUGGGGGUAAUGGUGGUGGGGCAGCCAAUAGACGAUGUCUUUCUCCGGCAGGAAAGCAUGUAUUUGGCCACGAAAACACGGUGCAUGCAUGGCGUAUUAUUGAUUCUAAAGCGUGGUUCUUUGCUUGCUUUGAACAGAGAUUUUGUAUUAUUAGAUAUACCAUUGAAUGAAAAAUUGACAAC